CCCGGCGGGACAGCCCCGCCCCGGCUGAGGCGCCGCCGCCGCCCGGUGUCCGCGGGGCGGCAUGAGGAGAGCCGGGGGCGGCUGCCGGGGCCGCCAUGUCGCUGCUCUGCGUGCGAGUCAAAAAAGCUAAACUCCAUGGACCACCAGAUAAAUUCAAUACAUAUGUGACCUUGAAAGUGCAAAAUGUGAAGAGCACAACAGUGGCCGUGCGAGGUGACCAGCCCUGCUGGGAACAGGAUUUUAUGUUUGAGAUCAGUCGGCUGGACCUGGGGCUAAUUGUGGAAGUAUGGAACAAAGGACUGAUAUGGGACACCCUGGUUGGGACCGUGUGGAUUGCUCUGAAGGCCAUUCACCAAUCUGAUGAGGAGGGUCCUGGGGAGUGGUCUACGUUGGAGGCAGAAGUUGUAAUGAAACAUGAUGAAAUCUGUGGAACCAAAAACCCAACUCCUCAUAAAAUUUUGCUGGACACAAGAUUUGAAUUACCUUUUGAUAUCCCUGAAGAAGAGGCCAGAUACUGGACCAGAAAAUUAGAACAAAUAAAUUCACUGGGAGAUGAUGAGUAUCCCUUUCAGGAGGAAGUCCAGAAGAAACCAUUGCCGAGUGCUGCCUCCCAGUGUUCCUUUGAAGAUGCUGACAGUGCCGUGGAUGACCGGGACAGCGACUACCGCAGCGAGACGAGCAGCAGUGUCCCCCCUCCGUACCACAGCACCGUGCAGCCCAACGCCUCCGUGCACCAGUUCACGGGCCCGGCUCGCCUGCAGCAGCAGGGAGUCCUGCGGGAUUCCUGUGCUGAUUCCCUCCACAAUUAUGAUCUGGAUUAUCGGGAGCAUGUGGCCGCCAGUCCUGCUGGCAGUAGUAGAUACGGCUCCUCUUGCAAUGUCAGCCAGGAGAGCUCUCACCUCAGUGAGCUGGAACAUUCCCAUGAAAGUGCCCACGGUUCUGAGCAGGAGGAUGAUCACCAGGAAAGGCAGUCAAAUCACUCUUACCACAGUUCGAGCAGCUACCAGAAGGAUGGUCAGGCAUGGCUCAAGGAGCAAGAGGAGCCUCAUGGCAAAGGAGAGGAGGAGAAGGUCUGCAAAACUGAGGAAAAGCCUGCAGGCCAUUCUGCAGCUCAGUUGCCUCUGGAACUUGAGAAGCCCAAGGAUGUUGAUGCAGGAAUACAAAUGAGUUACCAGGGUGACAUUGAGCCACCACCGUUUCCUCCAGCAAGAGCCCGUUGGAUUAGAGCCAUUAGCAAAGUCAGACUGCAGCUUCAACAGGGCCAAGAUGAGGCUGAUCCAUCAAAACCACCCUGGCUCAAAGGAGGGCCUGCAGGUGGUCUCUACGGCAUCGAUAGCAUGCCUGAUCUGCGCAAAAAAAAGCCAAUUCCACUUGUCAGUGAUCUGUCACUGGUUCAGUCCCGAAAAGCCGGAAUUACCUCAGCAAUGGCUACUAGAACAUCUCUCAAAGAUGAAGAGCUGAAAUCUCAUGUCUAUAAGAAGACCUUGCAAGCCUUAAUUUACCCCAUCUCUUGUACGACCCCACACAACUUUGAAGUGUGGACAGCCACAACUCCUACCUACUGCUACGAGUGUGAGGGGCUGCUGUGGGGCAUCGCGCGGCAGGGAAUGCGCUGCGGGGAGUGCGGGGUCAAGUGCCACGAGAAGUGCCAAGACCUGCUCAAUGCUGACUGCCUGCAGAGAGCAGCAGAGAAGAGCUCAAAGCAUGGAGCUGAAGACCGGACCCAGAAUUUCAUCAUGGCUAUGAAGGACCGCAUGAAAAUCCGGGAGCGGAACAAGCCUGAGAUCUUUGACUUGAUCAGAGAUGUGUUUUGUGAGAGCAAAAUGACACAUGCUCAGCAGAUGAAGACAGUGAAACAGAGUGUGCUGGAUGGUACCUCAAAAUGGUCAGCAAAGAUCACGAUCACUGUGGUGUGUGCUCAGGGUCUGCAGGCCAAAGACAAGACUGGGUCCAGUGAUCCGUAUGUAACUGUUCAAGUGGGUAAAACGAAGAAGAGGACAAAAACAAUCUUUGGGAAUCUGAACCCUGUAUGGGAAGAGAAGUUUUACUUUGAGUGCCAUAAUUCCUCUGACCGGAUCAAGGUGCGAGUGUGGGAUGAAGAUGAUGACAUCAAGUCUCGUGUCAAGCAGAGGCUGAAACGCGAGUCAGAUGAUUUCCUGGGGCAAACAAUCAUUGAAGUUCGCACUCUGAGCGGAGAAAUGGAUGUGUGGUACAACCUUGAGAAGCGAACAGAUAAGUCUGCAGUGUCCGGGGCUAUUCGCCUGCAAAUCAGUGUGGAGAUCAAAGGCGAGGAGAAAGUGGCUCCAUAUCAUGUUCAGUACACUUGCCUUCAUGAGAAUCUCUUUCACCAUCUCACAGAUGUGCAAGGGAAUGGGGUGGUGAAGAUCCCUGAUGCCAAAGGAGAUGAUGCAUGGAAGGUGUAUUUUGAUGAGACAGCCCAAGAGAUCGUGGAUGAAUUUGCAAUGCGUUACGGCAUUGAGUCAAUAUACCAGGCCAUGACGCAUUUUGCAUGUCUCUCCUCUAAAUACAUGUGCCCAGGCGUGCCAGCUGUGAUGAGCACCUUACUUGCCAAUAUCAAUGCUUAUUAUGCACACACCACUGCCUCCACAAAUGUGUCUGCUUCGGACCGCUUUGCAGCCUCCAAUUUUGGGAAAGAACGAUUUGUAAAGCUUCUGGAUCAGCUUCAUAAUUCACUUCGGAUUGAUCUCUCAAUGUACAGGAAUAACUUCCCAGCCAGCAGCCGUGAGCGGCUGCAGGACCUCAAGUCUACAGUGGAUUUGCUGACCAGCAUCACUUUUUUCAGGAUGAAGGUCCAAGAGCUGCAGAGUCCACCCCGAGCUAGCCAGGUAGUGAAGGACUGUGUAAAAGCUUGCCUCAACUCCACCUAUGAGUACAUUUUCAACAACUGUCAUGAGCUGUACAGUCGGGAGUACCAGACAGAUCCUAACAAAACUCAGGACCUUCCUGCCGAGGAACAGGGCCCCAGCAUCAGAAACCUUGAUUUCUGGCCCAAGCUCAUCACUUUGAUAGUUUCCAUCAUAGAAGAGGACAAGAAUUCUUAUACCCCAGUCCUGAAUCAGUUUCCUCAGGAGCUUGCAGUUGGGAAGAUCAGCGCAGAGGUGAUGUGGAGUCUUUUUGCCCAGGAUAUGAAAUAUGCCAUGGAAGAGCAUGAGAAACAUAGACUGUGUAAAAGUGCAGACUAUAUGAAUUUACACUUCAAAGUGAAGUGGCUGUACAAUGAAUACGUUCGUGAUCUGCCUGCCUUCAAGGGAAAAGUGCCUGAAUAUCCAUCGUGGUUUGAGCAGUUUGUGAUGCAGUGGCUGGAUGAAAAUGAAGAUGUUUCCUUAGAUUUCCUGCACGGUGCUCUGGAGAGAGAUAAAAAAGAUGGGUUCCAGCAAACAUCCGAGCACGCUUUGUUCUCUUGCUCAGUGGUGGAUGUGUUCACCCAGCUCAACCAGAGCUUUGAGAUCAUUAAGAAGCUGGAGUGCCCAGACCCUGUCAUUGUUGCCCACUACAAUAGAAGGUUUGCAAAGACUAUUGGGAAAGUGCUGAUGCAGUAUGCUGACAUACUCUCCAAGAGCUUUGAGUCCUACUGUUCCAAGGAGAAAUUGCCUUGCAUCCUGAUGAACAACAUCCAACAACUGCGGGUGCAGCUGGAGAAGAUGUUUGAAGCCAUGGGUGGUAAAGAGUUGGAUGCAGAAGCAAGUGACCAUCUCAAAGAGCUCCAGGUGAAGCUGAACAAUGUUUUGGAUGAGCUCAGUGCAGUGUUUGGUAACAGCUUUCAGACACGGAUUGAUGAGUGUGUCAAGCAAAUGUCUGAUAUCCUCUGUCAAGUGAAAGGGACUGCAAAUUCUGCUGCUAAUGCCAGAAACACAGUUGCACAGGAUGCAGAUAAUGUCCUGAGGCCACUGAUGGACUUCCUGGAUGGAAACCUGACACUGUUUGCAACUGUGUGUGAAAAGACAGUGUUGAAACGGGUGCUGAAAGAGCUCUGGAGGGUGGUAAUGAACACUAUGGAGAAGCUGAUUGUGCUGCCUCCUCUUACAGACCAUACGGGCACACAGUUGAUUUUCAGUGCUGCUAAGGAACUGGGACACUUGUCAAAGUUGAAGGAUCAUAUGGUGAGAGAAGAAACCAGGAGCCUCACCCCAAAGCAGUGUGCUGUUCUGGACCUGGCACUGGAUACAAUCAAACAAUAUUUCCAUGCUGGUGGGAAUGGACUGAAGAAAACUUUCUUGGAGAAGAGUCCAGACCUACAGUCACUUCGAUAUGCUCUCUCCCUCUACACUCAGACCACGGACACUCUCAUCAAAACGUUUGUCCAGUCUCAGACAGCUCAGGGCUCCGGUGUGGAUGAUCCUGUGGGAGAAGUGUCCAUCCAGAUCGACCUGUACACCCACCCAGGAACUGGGGAGCACAAGGUCACGGUGAAAGUUGUGGCAGCCAACGACCUGAAGUGGCAGACGUCUGGCAUGUUCCGUCCGUUUGUUGAAAUCACCAUGAUUGGGCCCCACCAGAGUGACAAGAAGAGGAAGUUCACAACCAAGUCAAAGAGCAACAACUGGGCGCCAAAAUACAAUGAAACGUUUCAUUUCAUCCUGGGGAAUGAAGAUGGCCCCGAUGCCUACGAGCUCCAAGUCUGUGUGAAGGAUUACUGCUUUGCCCGGGAGGACCGGGUUCUGGGGAUAGCAGUGAUGCAGCUCAGAGACAUAGCAGACAAAGGAAGCUGUGCUUGCUGGUGCCCCCUCGGGCGCAGGAUUCACAUGGAUGAGACUGGACUCACAAUCCUGAGGAUUCUCUCUCAGAGAACCAAUGAUGAAGUUGCCAAGGAAUUUGUGAAGCUGAAAUCUGAGUCCCGCUCCACAGAGGAAGGCACCUGAGCUGAGCUGUUCCCUUUCCUCUUCUGCCUUGUGCCAAUAUGUGCAAGUGUUCAACAAUUCUUUUAUUAAUUGCAAAAGGUUUUUUUCAUGUUGUCUUUGUCAGCCCUGAUAGCGCACGUGUGCUGUAUAGGAAACAAAUCCAUCAAUCUGAUGUGAAUUAUUUAUUUUUUAGUAGCUGGGUAAGACACCGUAGAGAAUGAGACAAUCUCUUCUUAUUUAACAUGUAAAUUCUGCUUUGUGUAUAUAAAUUAUUUUAUAUUGGAGGCUGGAAUUGCUGGGUUUUGUUGAUAUGCAGCACUGUGAUUUUAUCCUCUGAAUUUGGCAGGCAUUAAAAAGGUUCUGCGUAAUCUCACUACGAUGCAAACACAACUGUGUGGAAAUUGGGAGAAGAUGAUUUGGGUGGGUUUGACAAAGCACAGUUAUCUCUCAUUGAAUUCACGUACUGUGGAGCUGCCUGGGGAUCUUCUGACACAGAUUAUGCCAACGUGAUAUACAGACACCUCAGCAUUUGCUUAAAGAAGAAGAGGUUGCAGAUGGCUCUGAAGAUGCACACCAAAUGAAUGUAUGUCCACAGAUGUGCUGCUGUGAGCGCGGGCCAGACCAGGGCCACAAGCCUGGGGUGGGGCUGAGAUCUCAUAGCCAAAAGCUGCAAAGGCAGCGCACCAGGAGCUGGCUGCAGCUGUAAUUAGCUGGUGUGUCUCGGAGAAUACAAAUCCCCACGUGCUGCUGGGAGUCCCUGAUGGCCGUGGGAGUGCUGCAAGCUGCUCGGCUCCGUAAGGCACGCUCGGGCUGCCGCGACCGACAUGGUCAGGAAGGGAUCAGCGUUAGAAUCGUAGAGUUAGAGCCAUUACAAAUCACAUGGCUGCUAUGUGCUUUUUCCACUUCAAUAUUCUUUUGUUAGUGCUUGACAGAGGAUUGGAUAAUUUAAUAUUGCAGGCUUUCUGUAGCAUUUUAUUACCCUGGAGUAGCUAAGACCAUUCCUCACUAUGAACCCAGAAAUGAGGGCUUGCUUGGGAGAGAGGAACACAUCUCCCCUCUGCAAGCCUUCAGUCUGGAGUGCUGGUCAAGGGGCAGCACGUCCGUUUGCUUCUGAUCUUGGAGAUGCUGUUGGCCGUGCUGUGGUUGAUCCAUGCUGAUUGUCAUUAAUCUUAUAAUACCAUUGACAAUACCAUUGAAAUAUUUUUGCACUGUCUUAAAGAAGCAUCCUGCUUUUGUUUUCUUAAAAAACAAAACACUGUCCUGAGCAAAGUAAUUGCAGGGAGGUCAGAAUUUCUGACUGAAAAUUAGUGAGCAGGAAGGUCUGGAAUGGUGAUUGCACCUGAGGCAUGUUCGUUGGAGGGUUUUUAUUGGGGAUAUUUUUGCUUUUCCAGCUGCCCUUGUGCUCUGGAAAGUGCAGCUGGAACAAGCCAGUCCUUGCCCAUAAAGUACUGUAAUACUGUCAAUAAAUUCAAGGACUGCAUAUUGAAUGACUUUUUUUUUUCCUUUCUAUUUUCUCUGACACUUGUGUAGCUGUAUGAUGUGACUUCUGUAUUUCAUGGGCCUGCUUGUAGAGUUCUGAGACAGCACAUCUGCUUUGUUCUUGUCCAUAGUGUGUUGUAAUAAUGCUCUUCAAAACUCCACACUAUUUGUCAUGAUUUUGAAUCAUUGUAUGUGCCAUUGUUAUGAGAACUGUUAGUAUGGUCUUUAAUAAACUCUUUUAGCAGCA